CCCUCUCCAACCCCUUUGCCUUCCUUUGCCCCGUCCCGCGAUGCCGCCGCGGCUGCUGCCGCUGCUGGCUCUGGGGCUGGCGCUGGGGGGCCGGGCAGGCGGCGGAGGGGGCUGCCAGUUACCGGCAGAGUGGCGGCCGCUCAGCGAGGGCUGCCGCGCCGAGCUGGCCGCGAUCAUCGUGUACGCGAAGGUGCUGGCGCUGCACCCAGACGCUUACGGAGCGUACAACUACCUGCCCUGGCAGCGGGACCCCCCCGGCGGCCCGCAGCAGGCAGCGGGGGGAUUAUUCUAUUCCGCCGAGAUCGAGCUGCUGUGCGACCAGGCGUGGGGCAGCAUGCUGGAGGUGCCCGCCGGCUCCCGCCUCAACCUCACCGGCCUCGGGUACUUCUCCUGCCACUCGCACACCGUCAUGCAGGGCUACGCUUAUUUCUUCUUCCUCCGAAUGGAUGAGAACUACAUCCUCCUGCCACAUGGAGUCAACUUCCAGGAGGCGAUUUUCCCGGACACCAUGGAGAACAGAAGGAUGUUUGCCAGCCUUUUCCAGUUUUCUAACUGCUCCCAGGCACAGCAUGUGUUGAGCUUCUCCAGUGACUGGGAGAUUCAAGAGGACAACCGGCUCAUGUGCUCCUCAGUGCAGAAAGCCCUGUUUGAGGAGGAGGACAGAGUGAAGAAGCUGCAGCAGAAAGUGGCGACGCUGGAGAAGAGGAACAAGCAGCUGCGAGAUCGGGUGAAGAAAGUCAAGAGGUCUCUCCGGCAAGCCAGGAAAAACACCAGGCACAUGGAGCAAAUGAACCGAAAGCUCAGUGAGAAACUUUCCUCUGCCGGUGGUCAAAUCCCCUAUAUUAACUCUUUGAAGCAGGAGAACUCUCAUGCUACCUACCUUAAAGUAUAAUGCAAGAGUGAGUGCUCAGGCCAAUGGUAAUGGCGAACUUUGCCUGCAUUAGGUCAGGAUCUGGUCUUCACACCUUGUCUACACCUCUUCAAACCUUGCAUGGGAAACAGAUUUGAACUUGCUUUAGACACAGAGCUAGAUUAAACAAGAAUACAAACUGGAUUUGGCUGUGUGUUGUUGGCACAGCCCAAACCCGUCAUCCUCGCUGUCCUCAGUGGACCAGACAGUAAUGUGUGCUUCUCCAACCUCACCCCCUUCCACCUCUGUCACCAGAUUCAGGUUGUUUUUGAUGAAGGUGGCAUGGGCCCCAUGCGCCAUUGCAGGCACUCCAUUUGCAGGAGCUCUUCUUGCCAACUCCUCACAUGGGCUGGGUAAGCAAGGCCAGGGGAUAUAUGGAUAUAGAUGCUGUGGGAAGAAUGCAGACAUGAACACUCUUUGCUGCAUCAUCAUGCCCAAGGUCUCAACCACGCUUAAGCUUGACUCAAUUCUACACCCAGUGUCUGAGCAAAGGCCAUGUCUGGGAUACAGUCAGUUUGGGCCUCUCUCCAAAAUGAAGUAUAGAUGUGCCCAAAUUGCCUUAAGAUGCUUAUAGAUGUCACUAGGCAUUCUAAAUAGAAAUACCUAGUAUUUUUUAUUUUACCAGGAAGUGCCUCAAGGGUCUCAGUAACUCCAUCAGGUGCCUUUAGCAUUGCCCAGCCAACAAGGGUUGGAAACACAUCAUUUUGAGAUUGUGUCUAGGACCUAAUCCAGCUCCAACAGUCAGGAGUGGACUUAGCCUGACUAUUAGUGCGUGUGGGAUCAGGACCAGCAGGCAGUUACAGAUCCCAUUUUCAAGCAGGUUUCAUUUACAGUGUGGUCAAGGCUUCAAGUUUUGUAAUCACUGUUUGAGGUAUAUUGGAGGUUGCUGGGCAGCCUCACUUAGUUACACUUAGAUACUGUAGAGACCACAUCAAUAUUGACAGGGCAUUAAAAAUUAAGGUAGUUUAUAUAUGUAUAUAUUUUAAAAACCUAUAGAAAAUAUUUUUAUUACACAUUUGAUAUAGUCUAAGAUCUUAAGAUAUGAAGCAAAUCCCAUUUCUUGGUUAUCUCGUUAAAACAGAAGUUCAUCACAUCCUUUAUUCAACAUUUACAAAUUGUCUUGUGCUCAAGUAGCAUAGGUUAAGGAAUCAGUAUCUGUGGCUAACAUUUUCAGCGGUGUUAAUGUACCAGCGCAUGUCUUGGGUCUUGUUACUCAACCAACUUUCUUCGUAACAGGGCCCCAUAAGGAGAGAAAGAUAGAAGAGUUUUUGUGGUUUUCUUCCUUUCUCAAAGUAGUUUUUCUUAUUCCAAGCAUGAGACACAAGUGCAGAUAUGCUUCAGGGGCUGCUUGCUCAGCCUUUGGCAACACUGACAAAACACCAGAGCUAAACCUCAUUCAUACAAGGUGGACCAAUGCAGAUGAUCUUCAACACACAGAUGAGAUCUUCAGCAAUAACAGUGCGCAAACCAGCACUCUGAUCCUAACUCUCCCCACUUCCCAGACCACUGCAUGGUCUACCUGCUAUGUCUCAGCACUCAAGAUUAGAGUAUAUCCAGGCCACAGCCCUGCUAGACCAUGCUUUAACUCUCCCUGCACUAGGAAAAGCCCGUAUCAACUUUCAGCCAUGAGAUUCAGUCCAAGCUGGACUCAGAAGUUAAGCCUUGUGUUGGCUUCUAGGAUGCUGCUGAGCUUAAUUACCUUCCAGUUUCACUCCUUUUGGAAAUAGAGCUUUCUCCACACCCUCCCUUGAAAUAAUACUGGCAUUUCUUAAGAUUCUGACUCCUCCACAAGCUCCCCUGGUUUCAAAGGCUUCACCUACCAAAUCAGCACAAUUUGAGUUGGUUUGUGCUGUAGUCAGCAAUGCUGUUUCCUGACAAUUACUACAGACCUAAGGCUUCCCUAGAAGCCAUCAAGAGAUUUUAACUCCAAAAUCCAAAUCCAUAGGAAAGUAACUACUUUUUUGUUUGGUUGGUUCUGAUUUCCAAACUGCUGUUUAAAUAAAUGAACU